GGCCGUUUCGCCGCGCGCACGCACACCGCACCGGUCACGAGUCGCCGUCGCACCGUUAUCGCGUUACUUCCCGUUUCGUCUUCCGGGUCGCGGAACCAUGCGACAUCUCACCACUGCCGCCGCUGGUCUUCCGCGGUGUCCGAGACGCGUAGUCGCUCUGUCGUCGUCACCGUCGUCACCGCAGUCACCGCCGUCACCUGCACGACCGUCCAGUUGCCACUUGUUGACGACCGCCGCGAAACUCGUCGCCGACGAGUCGCGGUUUUUUUUCUCGGCCGUUUUGCCCCCGCACAAUUGCCGUAGUCUUUAUCCAGAGCAGAGUUUACGUUAAUAAUACAUAAUAUUUUAUUUUAUUUUUAAUAUUAUUUUCGCGUCACGGUACAACUCGCACAUACGGUUUAGGUGUAUCGUAUUAUUAUUAAAAUAAUAUUAAUAAUAUACUGUUUCGCAUUCGCGUCCGUUGGCUUGUCGGAAGAUGCGGUCGACUAUCGACGCGUAAUACCGUGCCGUUUAAAUAUUAUUGUAUUACACUACCUACGUUAAAUAUAUAAUAAAUAAACACACGCAUACAUAUAUAUAAAUACAUAUAUAUGGAGUUUCCGAGCAGGGACGCCAACCAGAGCGGUGGCGCGUUCUGGGAUUACGAUGGACCGGACAAUUGGCCGUGGCAAAAGUACCGGAUGAGGUACUCGCCAGAGGUGACGGUGCUGUUUUGCAUCGCGUACACGGCCGUGUUCGUUGUGGGCUUUGUGGGCAACAUGUCCGUGGUGCUGGUGGUUUACAAGAACGUGAGGAUGCAAUCGUCGCCCACCAACAUAUUCAUCGUCAACUUGGCCAUAGCCGACCUGUUAGUCAUCGUCGUCUGCGUGCCGUUCACUCUCAUCGGCAGCAUCACCACCGAGUGGCGUUUGGGACUGGUCAUAUGUAAACUUGUGCCGUACUUUCAAGGGGUGUCCGUAAACGCAUCAAUAAACACGUUGAUGGCCAUCUCCGUGGAAAGAUGCUUAUCCAUUUGUUACCCUAUGAACCCUGUGGGCAAAGGCAUCUGUAAACGAGUCGUGGCCAUCAUAUGGAUCAUUUCGCUCACUAUCACUAUGCCAUGGGCCAUAUACUUCGAUCUACAGCCCAUGGAAGAAGGCAGCGAUAAUCAGAUCUGCCUGGAGUCGUGGCCGACCGUGGAAAGCGGCAACUUGUACUUCGUGUUGGCCAACCUGGUGCUGUGCUACAUGCUGCCGCUGACGGUGAUCGCGGUGUGCUACAUGUUCAUCUGGCAAAAGGUGAGCCGGCGGAAGGUGCCCGGCGAGCCCGUGCACAACGGCGCCAACAUGGUGCAGCGGUCCAAGAUGAAGGUGAUCACCAUGAUCAUGUACGUGGUGGUGCUGUUCGCGGUGUCGUGGCUGCCGCUUUACGUGGCGUUCUCGCUGAUCAAGUUCUGGCCGCUGCCGCCGGCCGUCGAGAGCUACACGGUGGCCUCGCUUCCGGUCGCGCAGUGGCUGGGCGCCGCCAACUCGUCCAUCAACCCGCUGCUGUACGCCAUAUUCAACCACCGGUUCCGGGACGGUUACCGGGCCCUGCUGUCCGGCAAGAUUUGCCAAGCGUUCGACUACAGCAACUCGGUGCGGUACCUACGCGGUGGCGGCCGGGCCGGAACCGCGGCCGCGUUCAAGCGCAACAACAACGACUACGACAACGGCGGCGGCCGCGACCGCAACCGCAAGACCAUCGGUGCCAUAUACGUGCACGCCGCCCGUCAAGCGGACGACCGACGGACUCAGCAGCGACCGGUCCAGCAACUGCAUCCGCCGCCCGUUCGCCGACCCGCCAAGUCGUCGUCGGUCAGGGAAACGCACGUCGCCGAAGGGUCCGCCGGCGGUCCAGUGGUGCAGUUCUGUCCGACGAACGGCGAAAACUCGUUCGUGUGACCCGACAACCCCGCUCACCCUCGCCCAGCCGUCGGAUCGAGUGCAGGACUCGAGACGAGAUGACGGCGACCUUUGCAGUGCUGCAGCCGAUGCAGCUGAUAUGUACAUACAUAGUGCAUAGGACUCGUAGACUGUACGAUAUAUUUAAUGAAUUUGCUAUAUAAUAUCAUACUGAUUUGUCUACGAUAAUAUUAUUGUAUUAGUGUGAAUGUUAGACGACGGGCUAUAUAGGGUGAAUUGUUUUAUUUUUUCACGAAAUCAACGGUCACUUGAUCGUUGUCUAAACUUGCGCACAAAAAAAAAAAAUGCUUUAUAAAUGUCUGAUAAUCAAUCGGUAAACAUAAAUUCACCUGAAGUAUCGUAAUAAUAUAAUAAUUUAAUAACGAAAAACGUCAGAGACACGUGAUAUAAUAUAGUGUGUAUUAUUAAUCUCCUAAAGAUCUAAGUUCAUAGGAGAGCUUAAUCCGCCGUUUGUCAAACAAGUUUCUUAUAAGUGUUAAUAUUGUUUUCAUUCUAACAAUACGGUUUAUUCUAUCGGUUUUUAAACUCUAAAAAACUUAAAAAUCUUUUUUUUCACGCAAUUAUACGAAAUAAUAAAUAACAACUUUUAAUAUUUUUUGUUGGUUCAUGAAAUCACAUAGAAAGCAGAUUAACUCGAAUUAUUAUUUCUUUCUGAAUUUAACUGGUUUAAAGUUAUUUAAUAACUGACUAGAUUAAUGAUUGACCCUUUUUGUUGUCGACAAUACGGUCAAAAGUGAAUACUUUUAUUGAAAUUACACGUAUAUCCAGUGAUCUGAAUAAAAUACAGUUGUAGCAUGUAACCACCGUUUAAUAAAUAUAUAUUUAACUUCUCGUUAAUGUUAUUCCUAAUCUUAAAUUUACACGGCAACAAUAUAAUAUACUUACUACGAAGAUACCCAUAUUUGUGUAUAUUAAUUUUUCAUAAUAUAUUUUAAAAGAAACGAAAGGUGAUUAUUAUAAUUUUGAUUUCCUCAUUCGAAUUUGAUCGGAUCUCAUAAGUUUAUGUUAUACAUUUAUCAUAUCCACGUAGAAUGUUGUUCGCAGUAUAUUAUAUUAGUUUGCAAACUUCAUCAGAUAGGAAUUUCUCCGGAAACGGCUCCGGCAUUUGCCCGUAUUAAUAAUAAAUUAUUAUCAUUAUAAAUAUUACAACAGUGCGUGAUCACCCUGAAAUAGAAUUAGAAUGCACAUUCCUAACACAAAUUUCGACGCCAGAGAUCUCGACCAAAUCUGAAUAAAUUUCAAAUGAAAGAUCUCAAUCAUAUCACGGUAGAACCUACCAAUAUAAUAAUAUAUAAUACGUCCUUUGAGGUGCCAGCUGUAAUGACUUAUCUCGAUUAUCAUUAUUUUACUUUAUAUUGAUUGGUAGAUAUACAAUACGAAUAUGCCACGGGGAUUCGCCGUUAUUAAUUUCCAUAUAAUAUACGAUUUAUUUUAUAUAUGAUGCAAUCGAGAACUAAAAAUGUGAUUAUCGAAUUGGUCCAACAGUAAAAUAAAAAUAAAAAAUAAUUAAUGAUUAAAUAUCGUCGUAACUCGUAACUAUAUGUGGUGUUAACGACGAUAACAAUGACGACAAACAAUAAAAGAGAAACACUUAAUAUAUUAUAAUAUUUAUACAUACAUUUGUCUUGAAACUUAACUACGACGUUAUAUUAUGUUAUGCUGUAAUAUUAUUAGGUACGUCUGAUAAUUUUUAAAAAGUGCACAGACGAUCCAAAUGAAUAUACUUAAAACAUAAAUAUUAUAUUGAAUAACUAAACAUAAUAUUAUAUAUAUAUAUAUAUUUAUAUACGAUAUCAUUAAAAUGUGUAUCCCACUGCCUUCGUAGCGUUUAUUGAUUGUUAAAUAAUAUGUUAUUAUUAUUGUUUAGUGUUUUUCGUUUUACGUCACAUAUUAAUAUUAUAUAUAAUAUCAAAAUAUGUAUAAAAAAAACUAUACGUUCCCGCUCAAAUAUCUAUUCGUAUAAAUGGUUGAAAUUAAACAGCCUCGAGAUCUCAUUACGAACGUGUAUAACGCACAACAACAAUAGAAAUAAUAUUAAUAAUUAUAAAUAAUGUAAGUUGUAACUUAUAAAUUAUAAUAAAUUAUUUUGUACACGACGAUAGUAUACGUAGUACCAUAAUAAUAGUGGUUCUAUCACGCGUGUUUCGCCAUCACUCUAGUGGUGUACGUCAUAAUUUUAUUAUUAUAGUUAUUGUUUUUACCUAUAUUAUUAGGUUUUAUUGUUUUAUUGUUUCACAUUAUUAUUAUCAUUGAACGAUGGACUUGUUAAUCGUAUCCUAGCGAUAGAAAUCGUAGUUAUAAUCAACACGACAAACGCGUAAAUCGUAAUAAUAUUAGUGUACGAUUUAAAUUACAAUAUCACGCGAGUAUUAAUGAUAGAAACAACAAUAUUAGACAAUAAUAAUAAUAAAAAAGUGUAUUGUUAAUAUUAUUUUAUACAUAAUAAUUAAAUUAUAUUAUAUUAGUUGAACUUACAUGCUUUUAUACGAGAGACGCCUUCUUCAGAAGCAUAUAUUUAUAUUAUAUAAAAACAUAUUAUAUUCAUGUAGGUAAGACAUCAUUAUUGUGUAUAUAAUAUAUUAUAUUAAAUAACAAUAUACGUAUGUAUGAAUGUAUGUUAUGUAUUACACACGCGUAAGUGCAACACAUGUUUAAUUAUCUAUAAUAGGUAUAUUUUUAACGAUAUAAUAUUGGUAAUGUUCAUAGACAUACUUAAAAGUACAUUAUUAUUAUUGUUAUUAUAAUUAUUAGGGCUACGGUUUAAAUUCCCUAGAAACUAUCAAGGAAUGUUUUAAAAAAUAAUAGCCCAAAAGCCCCAAAAUACCGAGUAUAGUAAUUAAUUUUAAAAAUGACCUAAUUUGUUAAUAUUUUAGCAUAGAAAAUCAAAUUAAUGCAACUUAAUUUAAUAUUAAAGAUAAUAGAUACCAUUAUAAUUUUAAGAUAACAAAAUUUACAUGAAAAAAUUGGACAUGUAAGAAGCAUUGAUUUUUUUAUUGGUGAUGAUCAUUAUCAUAGGCUGUAUUGUUCACUCCUAAAUAUAAAAUUAUAAAACUAAGAUUAUGUUAAAUUCUGUCUUUUGUAGGUACCUACUACCUACCUAAGUACCUAUUAAACUACAAGCAUUUCAUUAAACUUCACCAACCAUCUUGAUAUUAGCGGUAUUAAAAAUACAUAAUUAAUACGUAAUACUAAAUAAAUGCAUGAAUAUUCACUCAAAAUGACCUGAGUAUGUUUAAAUAAUGCAAAAUCAAAGUUUCACUUUUAAAGUAUCUGUUUUGAAUAAAACGAUUUUUUUACAUUUUCCUAUAGAGUACCCCAAAUAAAUAUUUUUUGCAUUAAAAUCCAGAUCCUUAAAAUUAUUAUUAUCAUCAAUAUGAAUAUGAAAUAUUAUUUCAUGAUAUUUAAGCCACUAUUCGAGUAAUUUAUUUUGAAAAUAUCCAUUCAUUGUUUCAAAAUGUGUUUAAUACAAUAAUAUAUCGUGUUUUAAAAAUAUUUUUUUUUUACAUUACUGAUUUUGAUUUUUUACAAAACAAUAUUUUAAACAAAGAAAAAUAUAAAACUUAUACUCAGUUCAAGUUCAAUAGAAUUAUUAACUAAAAUUCGUUUGUCCCGUUUAGCUUGUUAAUGUCGUUGUUAAUGUCUUAAUAGACAUUUGUGAUUUUCUGCUCACCAAUAUUCACCAUGACCAUAUAUAUUACGUGGCCAUUGUUUUAUUCGAAUUUAAUUUUCUUUUUGAAUUGGUUUUUGGGCUUUCUUCGUGAAACGCCGAGAUACAUCGCUCAUACCAUAAUAACACGAUAAUAAUAAUAGUAAUAACAAUAAUAAUAUUUGUACGCUAGUAAAUCGUCUAGGUUUCAGUCAUCUAAUUCUAUCCAAAAUGACAAUAUAAUUUGCGGUUAUUUCACAAAAUGGGUAUAUAAUACAUAAAUAAAUGUCGACGAUCUAUUCCGUCUAUACUGCAGUUCUCGCGUCGAUCUACAUAUUUAUACACAUACACAAUAAUAUUAUAAUAUAAGUAGAACGUUUGUCCGAAGGCUGUGUAGAUGUAACGAAACGAUAAUAUAAUAACAUCAUUAUAUUAUUAUUAUAAUAUAUAUUAUACGUAUAUUAUUAUUACUCGUAUUUUAUAUUAUAUUAUGAUGUUAUUGGACAAUAAAGUUGAAGUUUAUAUUGUGUACGA